AUGUCCGCCGUGCUGGAACACCUGCCUUGUGUCCGCAUUGACCCUGCACCUCUCAGGACUCAGCCAAUGAGCAGGGACAUCGAUGAGCGAGCCGUACCGCUUGAGCUGAGGCGCCGGGCCUGUCAAGGUCUCAGACAAGUUCUCCAGCUAAAGCUCCAACAAAAAAGGUCCAGAGAAGAAAUGCUCAACCGGGGGAUUAUGCUGCCUUUCAAAAGUCCAGCUGCUUUCCAGAAGAACAGACAGAGCUUGGAACAAACACAGACUGAGGACUAUCUGAAGAGGAAUAUCAAGAGUCGGCCAGAGCGCUCUGAACCGAUCAGAUUGCACGUUCUGGAGGAGACAUUCGCAGAGCCUUGGCUCCGGGCAAGACAGCUGCAGCUGAAGAGAGCUCGCCUUGCUGAUCAUCUGAAUGAUAAGAUCUCACACCGGCCGAGGCCCAUGGAGAUAAUCCACAAAAACAUCCUACCUGUUCCCUGUAGCAUUAAACAGGCUAUCAUAGGUAAGCCCAACCAUGGUACGGAUUUGUCCCAGCUAAAACCGAACUCGGAGCACUCCGCGCAGAAACAGAAGAAACCAAAGGAUGACAGACCAAAGAUUAAAAAGUUAAAGUACCAUCAGUACAUCCCUCCUGACCAAAAGGGAGGUAAGGAGCCUUCUCCCAGUCUGGACAUGUCUUACACCAAAAUUGUCCAGCAGCAGCAGCUCUUCUUGCAGCUCCAGAUUAUCAAUCAACAGCAGCAGAAUUACCAUGCCAUCCUGCUUGCACCACCCAAACCUCAGCCAGAUCAGCAGUCAUCCUUAUCUUCUUCCACUGAUUCCAUCACCUCCGCCUCCUCCUUCUCAACUCCACCCGCAUCUGCCCCUUCAACAGCCCCCUCUAAGCAGGGCUGUCGCAGGCUUCUGAGUUCUGCUCCUUUAGGUGGAACAAAACCAGCAUCUUUACCUCCAAACCUGGAUGAAAUGAAGGUUGCAGAACUGAAGAACGAGUUAAAGCUGCGCAGUUUGCCCGUCUCUGGCACCAAAGUCGACCUAAUUGAGAGGCUGAGAACAUACCAGGAACUGAAUGGAGGCUGCAACAGUUCCUCGUCUCCAACAGUAGGGGGUACCACAGGGCUGACUGCUGGAGAAGAAGGAAAACCCUCUAAAACUGCUUCAACCACCAUCAUCAAAAAUAACAACACAUCACAAAAUCAAACUUCUCUCCUGACUGCCUCGUUCUCCUCAACAUCUGUCCCACUCAUCCCCUCAAAGUACUCGCAGAGCUCCAUAAGUCCAGGAGAUGGCAGCUUUACUUAUGACCAAUUUGAGGAAACGAUGAAUUCACCUCACACCCAGCUGAGCCCUCCGGCAUGUUCAGCUGCUCCACUUCCAACAAAUAUUAAAGAAGAGCAGAUGUGCUCCACCUCAGCACCUUGUAAUGUUUCUUUAAAGCCAGCCUGUCUCCAGAAACAUCACACGGUCUCAUUAGCUGGCCUCAACACUACAACCGCAGCUCCAGUAGUGACAAUAGACAAGGACAAGGUGCUGAAGGAAAAAGACAAGCAGAUAGAGGAGUUGACUAAGAUGCUGAGGCAGAUACAGGUGGUGGUGGAGAUGCUGAGUAUGCAGCUGGAGCAUGGUAAGAGUGGAGGACAUGUACCAGAGACACACAUUCUAGUAAAAGUUAAACAGGAAGCACCUGAUAAGCCCAGUCCCCCUCUAUCAUUUCACCAUCAACCAUUCAACUCCACACCAGAGUCCUUUCAAUGUGAGAUGGAUGUUGCAAAGGUUUCUGUCAAACUGGAAACCCCCGAGGCUGAGGAAUGUGUUUCUGAGGCAUCUGUGCAAAUACCAGAUGCCCAGGGAUUACCAAAAUCUUCCACCCAAACUCCGGAAGCGCAGGAGCAAAUUCAUCUCCAAAUCAAGUCAGAGCAGACAAGCACUCACACAAAACAACUCUUACAUCUCCAUCAAAGCCCUCAAGUGGCGCAGCCAGUGGCCAUACAGAAACACUUGCUAAAGCAUCAUCACAACAGUCAGAGCCGGCAGCAGAAGCCUCAGAACCGGGAUCUGAAGGCGGAGGAUCAGCAGAACCUGCAGAAACUUCCUCAGCGGAGAAAAAAUCAAAGUAACAAAAAACAGUUUAAACAGGAGCAUCACCAGAUGCAGCUGAAGCAACUGAAGUCAUUUCUGCAGCAGCAAAAUAAACAGCAGAAGAUGGAGCAGACGCAAACAGCAAAGUUACAAACAGAGAAACAGUUCAAGCAACAACAGUUUUUCACUUACAGAUUUUCUGUUGGUUUCCCACAGGUACCUCAAGCAAACCUAAACCAGCAAACAGGUUCAGCCCCUUUAACUCUACAUCUCCUUAAGAGGGACUCCAAUCAAACUCUGGUCACCGACAUCCAUGGUAACCAUUUUCUCAUUGCACUGACAAGUCACAUCACUGACAACCAAAGAGCAGAUGCACCUGUGAGCAAAGCAGCCAAUCACAACGGACUACAGGCAGUGAAUGGGGGACUUCAGGUGUCUUUAUACCAGGAACAGAAGGAAGUUGCAUCACCACCUUCCACCCGUGAGCCUUUCAACAAGCACCAGGAGAAAUCUGUCUCACAAAGAAACACCUUCCCUUCCUCUCAAAAAGGAGAGGUGUGCCCUAGUCUGGAUGAUUUGUUGAGUCCUCUGUCUUCAGCCUCCUUGAAGACACCUGCUCCAUCAUCUGAAUGCAAAGAUACAGGGUAUGAAGAAGAUUUUCUUGACGACUUUUUGCAGACAGGAGAAAUGUUGUCCACCUUCAAACAAGCCCCAGACUUCUUUCAGGACAGUCAACAUCCAAACCCUUCCAUCCAACCCUGCUUGGGCAUCCCGCAACCUGCCCCUUUUGGGCAGUCCGAGCUUCAAUCACUGGCGGACACAACAGAUGAGAAGCGGCACAUCAGUCGAGGACGACUUGAGGACUUUCUCGAAAGCACCACCGGUAAGCCUCUCCUUGGGGUGGAGCCUGGCGGUGCGCUGACAUUAAUUGAUGACCUGCACAGUGAAAUGCUGUGCACUCCAAGCAUCCUGGACCCUCCCCCAUCUCCAAUGAAUACCCUUGACAUAGAUGCCGAGGGGGAGCAAGGGCCGGACAAUAUAAAUUGGUUGGAUUUCAACGUGGGAGGACAAAAGACAAAGGAAGCCAUGACACUGGACCCAUUGGGAACCCAAGCACCCCCUAGUGUCUUUUCUACAGACUUCCUGGACAGUUCUGACCUUCAGAUACAAUGGGACCCCUGCUUAUAGCAAACAUACAACACAAAGAAUGCACUUAUAGACACCUGCAACACAUGAAUUUGAUUAAUCAGGAUCAUUAUGCCACUAGAACAUUCUCUCUUUACCUUUUGGUUUAAUGGAUCGUCACAUACUUUGGCCUUUAUUUUAUUUACACACAGCACUACUGCUUUUUGUACUAUGUGCUUAUCAGGCAGGUCCAAUAUCUAAUCUUGAUUCUAUAGCAAAAAAGUGAUGUGAGGGUUUAUUUUGACACUAUUUUGCUCAUGUAUGAUAAAAUA